AUGGAAGUGGUGAUUGCGGUGAAGAGAGAAGUGUACCACCCUGACAGCAUACCCUCAAUCCUCUCUCUUCAUGCCAGAAAGAAGCGGAGAGUAGCUGUGCAUGAGCAAGAAGCUGCAAGGGGUGCCGGCCAGCCCAGAGUGGUGGAACUCAUGCUCAAUGACCUGUGGCAGCACAAUCUCCAGCUAAAAUCUCAGGUUGACAGCUUGGUAGCAGCGUUAAGUGAACAAUGUGAGAUGCUUCAGGCAGAAAGGGCGGAGAAGGCAAGUAAACUGGUUGCGGCACACCCUAGUAGAUUUACGGGCAGAAGCUCGGACUAUAUGUCCUUUAAGACUGAGAUUUUGUAUCUCUUGGACUUGAAAGUCGCUGAAUUUAAAUCGGACCAGGAAAAGGUGGCUUAUAUCAUAAGUUACCUGGAUGGAAGGGCUAAGGACUGCAUGGUUCCCUUGAUGGUGAGCUGUCAUCAGGCGUUAUCAAACCUUAAGUCCUUAGUAGAAAUAAUGGACUCUAUCUUUUUUAAUCCAGCCCAUGAAAUAGCGACCUCCCAGCAGUUGCUUCGUUUGAAACAGGGGACCAACACUGUUGGGGAUUAUUAG